UCGCCAUGUCCGCCUUUUACGAGCAGAACCAAGCCGCUGCUGCCACCGGUGCAUGGCCCGCACCUGGCCGCCAGCCUUCGUGGGAACAGCCUGCCCCUCCUUCGAGAUCCGAGAUUGAGCGUGCCACCGACAACCUCGUCAAGAGCGGCAAGUGGAUGGCUGGCGGAGCACCGCAGUACAACAGCCGCCGUGAGUCCAUGCCUCCCAUGAUGAUGGGUCGUGGAUUCAACGCCGACUAUGGUGAGUAUCUUAGAUUUCUCCAAGUUGAGCUAGUACUUACAGUUGGAUGUAGCUNNGGAUCCAAGUCCAACUCUCCCGCCGACGGUCGCGUGGGCGGUCCUGGACAGGCACGCCACCACUCGGUCAGCGAAUACGACGGUAUGCGAUCCAACUCGGCAGCAGGCCUCCAGGGUUACUAUGCGUCGCAGCGCUUUGCACCGCGUCAAAAUGAGGCAGAGCAGAUGAUGCAGGCCAAGCGAAGGAUGGCUGCGCAAAGAGAGAGGGAACUCCGCAACUAUCACCAGGAGCAGCAAUACAACAGGAACACUACCGCCCAAGGCCCCAAGCCCGACCGCGCCCUGAGCCCUGCAGCUGCUACAACCAUGAGUGAAGACGAACGCCGCGAUCUCAUUGCCCGCCAACACCGUGCUCUCUACGGCAACGAAUCCGCCCUGUACCCCACCUCUGAGGCUGCCGCUGUUGCCGCCCGCCGUGCCUCGCAGGACGUCAGAGGCUCCAUCUCGGGUGAUGUUAGAGCAUCCAUCUCUGGAGCAUCCAGAGGUGGUGCUUCGCCUCUGGCUUUCGAUCCUUUCCACGGCGAGCCUGCUGUCCAGAUGCCUCCUCGUGAUGGUGUUAUGCUUCCCAAGUCGCCCAACAGCGCUUCGUCUCCGCAGUCGAACCCCACCACUUUUGGUAGCCUACUGGGCGAGACCCAGCAGUCGAGCCGUACUUCAGUAUCGUCGCCCAGCGGUUCUCCUCCCCUUGGUCAGGNNGGCUCAAAGGGUGCUGCAGCUGCUCCCAUUGGCACCCGUCCAGCACCCAAUGCUGCACAAGCUACCGGUCUGAACAAGCGCUCGACCACUCCUCUUCCCUCGCCUCUCAGCUUCGGCUUCAGUGCCAACGAGCAAGCCAGAAAUGAACGUUCCACCUCUGCUGGCCCCAAUGGCUCUGUAGCUGACAAGGGCGUCAGCCUCGGUUCCUGGGGCUCCAACAGCGGAGUUUGGGGCUCUGCAAAGAACAGUCUUGGUGUCCAGGCUCCUGUCUGGGGC